AGAUUGGUGGGGAGAUCAUGCACGCACUCAAGAUGACGUGGCACGUGCCCUGCUUCACCUGCGCCGCCUGUCGGACCCCCAUCCGCAACCGGGCCUUCUACAUGGAGGAGGGGCAGCCCUACUGCGAGCAAGACUACGAGAAGAUGUUUGGCACCAAAUGCCGUGGCUGUGACUUCAAGAUCGACGCGGGGGACCGGUUCCUGGAGGCCCUGGGGUUCAGCUGGCAUGACACCUGCUUCGUCUGCGCGGUGAGCGGCGCGGUGCCCCUCGGGCCCUGCCCCGGCUGGGGGGCGCUCUGCCUGCUGCUGUCCU